AUGGACCAGCACUGCCACCACCUGCCACAGCGCGUGUCCUUCUUGGCCUUCACAGCGCAGUCCAAAGGCGCUCCAGGCGUGCGCGCGUACUUAACAGGACACUGCCAACAGUCUCACGGCGUUCUGCGCGACCUCAGCGCGCCCGUUCUCCGCCCAAAUGACCCGACAGCGUCCGUGACAAGUCGUUCUGUAUGGACCAAUCGUACCGCGCGCGAGGCUUUGGACGUGGGCAUUUGUAUGGAGCACUUGUCACGGCGGGCGCAGCGCGAGAUCUGGAGCGCCCUGGCGAGCGGAGCGCCUUCGCCCGUCAAAGACAGUGCAGAGGGUCUCGCACGGGCGUUCCUUCGAGCAGCUGGGCGGCCUCGAGCACUCGAGCGUGACGCCUAUUGCGUGUCGCUGGCGACGGUGGUGCUCCGUCGAGCGUCAGGCACACAAGAGAAUGAGGGACUGGAGAGCGCCGUGCAGACGACCAGCGCGGCGUUCCAGCGGCGUAUGCAGCGCUUUCUGCUGCACGCGGUGCAAUUGCCGUCGUCGUGCCGAGCAGACGGUCGUGCAGAAGCUGUGUCGCUUGACGAGGACUCGUCCGGUCGGGUCGCUGUCGUACAAACGUGUGACCAGCGGAACAAGCGCCAGCGAACUGCGGUGCCGGAGACGACCAGGCCACAUGAGCCAACUCGGAGCCCACAGGAACGCACGAUAGCACUUGUCUCGGAGCCGGAAGAACGGCCUGUGCUACCGAAAGAGGUGGAAACUCGUGCUGCAGGUCUAUCGAAGCAGCUUGCGCAACUUGCACGCCCUAAUACUGCGGCCGAUGCAGAUAACGUUGCUACGCGCACGUUUAAUAUGCUUGCUGACGUCGUGAACGACGUUCAUACCACAUAUGCAGCCAACGAGCAGAGUUUUCAGUACCUGUGUACGAUGUUGCGGAUGCAUUCUACCAGCGACGACGCGCUCGCCCGCAUUAUCAGUGCGCUCGUUGACGCUAACUGGAGUUCACGAUACGCGGCAAUCUUUUUGAACACAAGUGUGCUACCGCGAAUUCGAGCUGCUGAGACGGUGAUUUCGCGUGCUCUACUGCAAACGACACUACUCUUUGGCGCUACCUACGUGGACACGCUGAUUGACUCACUGCUGCUUCCGCUCUUGGUUGGUGACGAGCACACGACGGUCGGUCCAGCACAAGCAGAAGCGCUGACGCGCAUCUUGUGCAGCCCCAAUACAGCGCUGACUGAUCGACUGGACGAGUUUGUUCAGAAAAGCCUAGCAGUAGUGGCCGCCAACGAAGGAAGCAGCGCAGGCGCUCAUUUGCUUGCCAACGAGUCGGCCUUGCUGGUGCUCCAGAACAUCCUCAACACCAAGCCGAAGUUGUCAUCCUUGACGGUUGAUAAGUUUGUCGAAGCUUGCGAAGCCGUAUUAGAGCAACCAGAAGCUCACCGACUGCGUGGCUCCCUAAGAUUCACCACGGUCGUCUUUACACUGAUCACGAAGUACCCACAGCAAUGUGCUUGUCAUGUGGAAGCUCUCGAAGCGAUAGUUGCUCAGCUGUCAUCGAUUAUGGCCAAGGCGACGAUGCGGUCGCUGGAGAAACUCAAGAUAAAGGAGUGA